AUGGAGGUUGCAGCCUCGGUAGUGGGGCUUUUUAUGGCCGCCGGGAAGGUCGCUUCGGUUUUGCAAGAGCUUCUAUCUUCGGUCAAAAAUGCGCCUGCUAUCGCCAAGCAAAUCAAUGACGAAGUUAUCCACUUUCGCUAUAUCAUUCUCAAGAUUGAGGAAACGGUGAUUGAAGGUAGAAAUCUCGAUUCCAAGCGCGCCGCCAUGAUCGACGUCAACCAUCUGUGCGCCGCGCUCACCGCAGCGGUUUCCACAUUUUCCGAGCUUGAAAACGAGUUAGACCGAAUUAAAGCUCGCGGAAAGAUGGAUCUCUGGGAUAGAGUGAAGUGGAUGAGAGCCGAAAAGAAUCUUCUUAAUAUCUCCCUGCGCUUAAAUAGACACCAGACAUCUUUAACCCUUAUAUUUACGAUUCUCACCAGCGAGUCCGUUGCUCGGGCGCUGUCAAGCAAGGAGCGCCUUAGUAGCGAGUUUGACGCCGAAUCGCGGGCUGUAGCUGAUACUCAAGACGGUGAUACAGGUUCUCAAUCGAACUCGAACACAUUCAUUCGUACAGUACCCGACCCCUUACUUAGAAGCUAUCAAUUUGAGUCCAGCUUGUCUCGAUCUCGCGCAUAUCAAAGGGCGGGAGAUUCCGACUCCAUAUUGUCAUUGGACACCCUGCGGAGUAGAAUUGGGCGAUGGUCAAUUUAUACAGCGUUCUCGAAUGACUCUGUGUUCUCUAUGCCGGUAUCGCUCCGCGAAGUGUCGGGAAUUAGUAUUGCAGAGAAGUCCAUAGCCCCCGUUCUUUUGCCGAUCGCCGUAGAUUCCAUCUAUCACAAUGAGCAUUAUCGAACAGGCGCCAAGCGACGAGGAUUAAUGAGGGCACCGACCCCAGAGUUUGGCCUUCAUGCUGCUGCUAGGGAAGGACGAUACGAUGAGAUUCGCGACUUACUUCGGCGUGGUGGUUUGGACGCCAACCAGGAAGACCACAAUGGAGACACCGCCUUGGUAAUUGCCAUUCGAAACUUACAUACACGUACAGUAGAGGUCCUGCAACUGUUCGGUGCGGAGGUGCGGCCUGGGGAGGUUGUUCAACUCUUUAAUGGGCAUUUGACAAGCGUGGAGCUCGCUAUAUUUGCGCUAAAACACGCAUCUGACCUGGGUCCUCUCAUCCCACAAAGUUGCGUGACAGAAGCCUUGAGAGAGUCUGGAGUUGCAAGAGCUGAGGUUGGCAUAAAGGCGAUAUUUCAGGAAUCGCUUAGCAUAAAAGAUGGUCUUCAGACAAUUCAAAAAGGACUCUUCCACCUCAUCCGAGGAUCGAAAGAGAAGAAACCCGACAUCAUUGCAUUCGCCUUGGAGAGGGUAGCUGAACUGAACGCUGCCCCUGCGUUCCAUGACGCGUUGACAUCCAGGGUGACAAAAGGAAGCUUGGUUCUCAUUGCACUAUUAUUUGGUGUAAAUACAUAUGGUGCUGUAGUCGAAGGUUCACUGCGUGCCUUUCUCCAACCAGAUGAUAGUGUUAUGGUUAGAAUUCUGUUGGAAGCAGGAGCGGGCCCGGAUCGUACCAACGGGUUACUUGGUGAGGCGUAUAUAGAGCUUGUGGAUGUCGGCCAAACAACACUUCAUGCAGCAGUUCUCAGUAAUACUUUGAGCUCUCUCGAUGCUCUAUUAAAUGAAGGGUUUGACAUCAAUUCCACGAAUGGAAAUGGCGAGACAGCGUUGCAUCUCGCUUUACAGCGGGGAUGCGUGUCAAUCGCCAAGACUUUGAUGGGUCGUGGCGCAGCAGUAAACGUUCCAAAUAUACUUGGCAACACACCGCUAAUCAUAGCAGCUGCGAGAAAAAUCAUGUCCCCGCAAUAUGUGUCUAUAAUUGAUGACCGUCUAAGUGAGCGUGCAAAUAUGGAUGUUACAUUCUCUUCCGGGGAGACCAUCUUACACGUUGCCGCCGUGUACGGGGACCGUGACCUAGUCUGGCAACUCCUGGAGGCGGGAGCAAAUCCCAGCGCGAAAGAUGACGGUGGCCGUACCGCAGAUCAGUGCACCCCGGAUGAGUGGAUUGUUUCGGCAAUCAGGCUCAGACUCAAAACUGACAGAACCAAGAUGACACCAGAAAACGAUACGAAUAUAUCAACCCUACGAACAGAAACAGGUCCAUAA